CCUCCCCAAUUCAGUAUCCGGUUCUAAGCAUGUAUUAUUGUAUCUUGUUAUAAAUAAUGUUUGUUUUGAGAUCUAUAAACUUAAUUAUAGACUAAAGACUUGAUUUACACAUUUAAAUCAUUAGAUUCUCUGAUAUGGAUAAAUAUUUUAAUUUAGAAUAUAGGGGAGAAGGUAAUUGUGCUAUGGUUUUUGCCGAUCCGCAGACUAGACAAGUUUAUAGACUGGUGAAGUCGAAUGCAACUAGGAAAGUAAAGAAACUUCUUAGAGCCUCAGUCACUAAUCAUGAUGAAGAAUUAUCGCAUAAGAUCAACAUGUUUGUGCGCAAAGAGUUGGAGAAAGUCAUCAGCUACAUGAAUAAUAUCAUGAAACCUCUACUGUCAUCACGUUAUGUUGUCACACCGAAUCUUAAAAUUUUACACAAAAAAUUUGGAGAGCAGGCAGUUUUAUUGGCUGGAGAAGCUAGGCCAGCUCACAGAAAAAAUUCUCCAGCUGACAAUGUGGAUCCUGAUGUUCAGUGUGCCUUGGUAUUGCCAGAUUGUUGCUUUGUGUGCAACUCUGAUUUGAAUGAAUCUAGUGCAGUCAGCUCUUUUGGGAAUAGCAUGCAUUUAAAUUCCCCGAUUUGCCAGGAGGACCUGAGACGCAGCAAUAGCUGUUGCUCGGCAGACAGUCAGGAAUCAAGUCCCAUUGCUGAGCAUUUAGACGACAGUCUUGAUGCUAAUUCUUCAGCCGGUGAUGAGGUAGAUGAGGUUGAUUCUUAUUCCUUCAGCAGUGCCUUUUAUCUUGGAAACGAGAGGAUGGAAGAUUCAUCCCUGCAUAUAUGUGAACUUAGGGAUAUUAGGGAUGUUCAAGAUGUCUCUGAAGUCAGAAGUUGUUUGGAUACUACGAACAGCAUGGCUGGCAGUGUUAAAAGUGACGGAGAGCCUGUAUUUACAUUGAGCAUUGAAAUAAAGCCCAAAAAAUCUUUCAUGACAAAGAGCUCUUCAGAUGACUUCAACCAAGUGUGUCGGUUCUGUAUGCAUCAGCAUUUGAAGACCAAAUCUGGCCAGUGGCCACAGACGAGCAGCUACUGUCCACUUGAUCUUUUCUCAGGAAACAAGCACAGAAUGAAACACGCCCUCUGGUCCCUCAUCAAGACUCCGCAGAACAAUUUGAAAAUAUGCAAAAAUGGUAAAGAAGUCUAUGGUUCAGAAAUCCGUCAAAAUCUGAGUGCAAUACUGUCUACCUGGUUCCCCAGCAACCCCAACCGAACAAAGAAGCUUAUCAGUGUAUUCUUAGAUCUGGUGAUAGAAGUUCUACUGACCAGGCCAAGCACUGAUCAAAACAGUGACCCAUGUCCGGCUAAACCAGGGACUCCAGUUCGAAGCUUUUGUUCCCAGAAAUGUGACAGCAGUUCUUUUGUUUAUUGUGAGGAUGAGAAAUCGGAAGAACUCCCUCAGGGCUGUGUGCUUGAAAAGAUCUACAGCUUGCAGAGCUUAGAUGACCUUGACAUUGAAGGUGUGUACCCUCUGUACAAGCAACUGAAGACCAGAAUGGAAAAGGAGCCGUGGCUGAUAAAUCACUGGUGUUUAAAUGGGCCUUAUGAUGAUGUUUCCUGGUUGCUGGGACGUGAUGGCGAGCACCUUAGUGACCUUGAUCCAGAUUCACUAGAUUAUGCCGUUUUAAAAGUGAAGAGAUUUUUGGUCUCCAAGACUUUACAGGACUGUUCCAUCAUUGCUGCUAUACAGCCAGUUACUAAGAGCAGCAUCCAACACAAACAAGAUUUUCUCAGGUUUGACGGCGACCUCUACAACUUCUCCGUCAAGGUGAUUGACCUUGACCCGAAGCCUUUUGAAAAAGUUGAGACUUACUACCGCCAGGCUUCAGACAUAGCCAAAACGUUUGCAGAGACGUCAUCAGCUUUUACAAAGGACUGCGAUAGUUUUUAAUUUGGGGCUUCUCCUGCAAGGCCUCAGACAAAGCCGUUACUAUGAAGGAAACAGUUGUACACAAUUGAAGAACAACGAUGUAAAUAGAGUACUAACAUUCCCCCUCCCCCCCACUUAUGUUCCUGCCUCCACAAGAUUAAUUUGGAUUUUCAGUAUUUGUGUCGAUGUUUGAUGCUGUUCACAAUGAAAUACUUAAAGUUUCUCUUUGCAAAACUUAAGAGCCAAUGUAGAUGACUUUUGACAUUUAAAUGAAAUGUAUAGGUUCUGCGGAGACUGUACAAGCCAUGUUUCUGUUAUAGGAUUUGUUGCGGAAUAGUUAUAAAGAUGUUUUUACUGAGUGUAUAAACUUUUUUAUGUAUUGACCAUGUGACUGCAGUUAUUGUUUGCGUGGUUAAUUAGUCCAUAUAGUACAUCUCUGUCUAUAUGUUGGUUUAGUCAAAGGCGUUUGUCUAGUAGAUUUUGAAUUGUGUUCUAGCCUUUAAGUCCAGAAGUUGAAUAGAGAACAACUCAUAUCUAAAUGGUUGAAGUCAUUGAUGUGUAUCUGGGAAUGUCUAAGAUUUCAGAAUGAUGCUGGAUAUUUUUAGGGCUAAAAAGUUACAUUGUCCUUUUUACAAAUACAUUUUAACUCUCUGGUCUAUCCACACAAAACUUGUGAACCCUCUGGUCUAUCCACACAAAAAUUUGAACUCUCCCACACAAUUAUUUUUGGUCUAUCAAGUAAGAAGACUAGUUUAACUAAAAUAUGCUUUGAACAGUUAAAGGGCAAAACAAAAAAAGACAGAGAAGUUUUAUUAUCUAUGUUGUGUUCUUAUUGAAGAUGUUUGUACUCAUAAAUAGGUCCUAGCUCAUCGUUGGAUUCUUAUUUAAACUUAUUCAAAUCCUUAAGUACUUAAUGUAACACAGCAAUCUUUACAGACAAUCAGAUAUGUCCAGUGAUAUGUGUUUAUAAAGAAAAAAAUGCAGUGUAUAUAUUUAUUUGAAACGAACUAAUGUGCCAAACCAAGUGACUUAAAGUCUCUCAUAAUGUCUUGCCUCUCGGCAAAUCUGUCAGCCAUCUUGAGAUGUUUGACGACAUCAUCGAAACAGAUGCAGCGCAAUGUUUGUCUUGUUUCCAUUGAGUGUACCACUAGUGAAGCAGAUAAACUCUUACCAAAAACAAAAUCAGAAGCUUCAUGUGAUAACGCUGGUUCAUAUCAUAGGUGUAGUUUAUGUAUAUUUAUUGGAUCUGUUUAUCAAAACACAUUUUUAUUUUAAAUUUAUGAAAUUUAACUGAUUUCAUCUAUGAACUUCCAGCAGGAGGUAUUGGAGUUAUUUUAAAAGGCAGCUUUAGUCCUAGUCAGUGUGCCUUGGGUGUACAAAUACUGCAGUCAUGGAUAUAUCUGGCUUAUCUAUAUGGCUGCCUGGUCAUUUGGCAUGAGCUCUGAACUGUCAUCACUAUGUUUCUGAGUUGAAAUCCUGUUUUGCGCCAUCCUCUGCCGUCUUGUAGGAGGGUUGGUCUAGGAAGUAAUAAUCUAGUAAUUCAGAAGUAACUUCAGAAACAUGUCAAUCAACAUAUAAAAGUAAUUCAAUAGAACUAGUUCUCUCAGUGAUCUAAGGUUUUAGAGAAUAGAUUAUGAAGAUAGUAGAUCUUCAUAAAAAAUACCCAGAUACUGAAUGAUUUAGAAGACUGGUGGACAUUUUGUACUGAGACUUUCCAACAAAAAGCUUGGAAUGCUGCAUUGUGCUCCAUCCUGAAACUUUGUGUCACAACAUACACCAUACUGUUUGAAAUGCUGCAUUGUGCUCCAUCCUGAAACUUUGUGUCACAACAUACACCAUACUGUUUGAAAUGCUUUGGAUUAACACUUUAUAAUGGAAUUUCUCACAUCUUUGUUCCUAUCACGUUUUGCAAGUCCAAUUGGUGAGACCACAAGAACCUCUAUUUUGUAAUAGCCUUUUCAAAUUCACUUUGUUUGAUUGCAUUUUUUUUUCUAUAUUGGAAAUGUUAAAAGAAUUAUAAUAAAACUCACCAAUGGUUCAUUGUACCUACUUUAUGUAUGAAAUAGUUGUUAACAAAAUUCAAAAUGUUCAUAUAUAUAUUUGGCCCUUUCUUAUGUGCAGAUUUUUUUGUUGAUUUUAUUGUACACUAAUCUGUUGACGUGAGCUUUCUGGAAUAGAAGGUCACUUUGGAUUGAUUGAUCUAAUACUCUAUGGAACGUGUGACAAAGAAAAGAAAAAAAAAGCAUUUUUAAAUGAACUUUGUGUAGACAAGUAUUACAUAGUGAAUUCUACAGCAGGUUUCAUAUUGUGCUGUACGGUUGAGGCAAUGUAUAGUUGAAAUGUAAUCAUCGUUUCUUGAAAAAGAGAAAUGUAUAACUGAUGAAAACAAUCCUUUAUUUUUAUUAAUUUUGUUCAUUGAUAUGGUUUCAUUCCCAUAAAUAACAAUUUGUUCUUUCAUUAUUGGCCACUUCACUUUUAUACAGCCAGAUAGAAUGUUGUGUAAUUUAAAGUUAGAGCAACUUUUUAAUGAAUAUAAGUUUCAUGUGAUCAAAGAAAUGGUAAACUUUUCUCCUUUCUCUGUAAGUCUAGAAUAUGGAUAAUUAAGACUCAUCUAUGUAAUCUAGUUGACUUCAUAUUUUUUUAUCAAGUUAACUAUCACAGACUUCUAACAGGUUUACGUCUUUACGCUUAUGUCUUUACAUCUGCUUCAAUGGAAUUGCUAAAGUUUUUUUGUGUGAGACUCUUGAAACUAACAGAUACACAGAAGUAAACAUAAUUUUUCAGGACAUUGUGUUCAGUAGCCUGACAAUGUGGCAUUGUGGAAACAAUGCAGUAAUAUAAUGCAAGUUGAUUUUGAGCUUUCAAUGAAUUUUUUAUAUCAAAAUUUCGUUCACCCUAAGUCAUUCCCAUAUUUAUUGCUUAUCGCAAUUUUGGCUUUGUGUAUAUGUAUAUUAAACUUUGUUGUAUCUGCAUAAUAGUUUGUGACACAGCAGUUCAUUUCAUAUUGUGUAAUAAUUACUGUGUGUGAUGUUGAUUUGUCUUUAUUUAUAUUGUAUACUGUACAUUUAAAUAUUUAAAAAAAAGAGACUAUUUAUGCUGUUAUACUUGACUAGAAUGCCUGAGUUUACUUGAUACUGAAACAGAGAUUUAUAACAAUUGAAAUAAUAUUUAAUUUGAAUAUUUAUAUAAGGUUUGAACCUGUUUGUUUGGGGUGAGCUGGCUGCCUGGUUGUGUGGUAUGUACUAUGGAUUCGUUUAAUGGUCCUGGAUUCGAACCCUGCUUGUCACCAUCCUACGCUGUCCUGUGGGAGGUUUGGGCUAAUAUGUAAUUGUCUUCAAAUCUGAACCAUGUAAAACACUUCAUGUGUAAAAAGGAAGAUGUUAGUUUUGUGUGUGUGGGGGGGGGGGUUGUGACCCUCGGAUGUUUGGAAAGAUUUGGUGAUUUCUUAGUUUUUGUUCAAAGAUGUUGAGUUGAUGUAAACAGAACUCUCAUCCCUGUAGCAAUGUAUGCACUGACCUUGUUUUGAACAGGUUUCACCACUUUUACCACUUACAAAGCCCUCUCGCUCUGGAAAAGUGUGGAGGCUUUUGGAGUGACUGUGUACUUUUUUUGUUUCUUUAACUGAAUCUCCUCAGCCAUGUUAUGGUGUCCUUACACUACACUAAGCAUCUGAUAUUGGACUCAAAUAAACCAGUUCAUUGAUUGGACUGUUAUGUAAUAUAACAAAUUUGUCGCUAUUGAAAUAUUGUACAGCAUGUUAUGUCACUGGACUAAAACCAAUAAUGAUCUUGUAGUGUGUGUAUACACAAGACUUUGAAAAGCUGCAGUAGUCAUUCUUAACCUCAUGUUCCUGAAGCCUUAGAGCCAUCAAUGUGGCCUAAAAAAUGUUACAUAAGGAACACAAAUAUUUUCCAAGUGUUGAUUUGGUGCACUUGAGUGAUUCUGUGAGUUAUUGAAAAGUCAAUUCAUUGGGUCUUUAAAAAAAAAGAGAGAAAAAAAAAUGGGUUAAGUUGAUCUUGAGUUGACAAUUUGUCACAUGUAAAGUUCCAGUUUCCUUCUAUACAUCAGCAGAUCAUGUCAAAAUCACACACACACACACACACAUUUUGUUCAUGUCAUUUAUUGUUUUGUACCAGACCCAGCAAGCAUUUUAUUUGGUGAACCCCCCAAGUCAUAAGUUUCUACAAGAUGUAGUUCAAACUCAUUCCCUCAUUCUCAUCAUUUCAAUUAUUAUUUAUUUAUUAGAGAACUGCAUUAACGUAGCUUGUUAUAAAUGAGAGUACCAACUGUAUGAUCUGUUUGGUCAAUAGGAAUCUUAAGUGACUUGAAAAACAACAGUAUGUCCACCUCCUUCCUCUUUAUACAUGGAUUUUUCUUGUUUGUACUCAUCAAUACAUUCGUGUAGGUUUUACAAUGAUGGAUUUUUGUAUAACAAUCAAACAGAAUUAUAUUAUGCUAUGUGGAACUUUAUUUUAGUCAUUUCUGAUACUUAGUCAUUUUUUUCCCCUACCAUGCAAGGCUUUGUCUGCCCGAGAUGUGGGAAAAUAUGUAAAGGGGUUUGCGUAGUCGUGCACUCCUCCUUAAUCUUUGGAAUCAAAGUCAUUGCCAUUAGUAUUAUUAUACAAGGGUGUUGAGUCAUUUUAAUUUUAAACAUUGUUUUUUGAUUUGACCUGUCUAGACAGUUCAUGAUAUACUCCAUACUUUCAUCAAAUGUGUAUCGUUACAUUGGUUGAUUAUUUACUGUUGAAUAUAGUGUAUAUCCGGCAUAUCGACAACAGCUUGGGGGUUCAGGCGUGGAGACAAAAGGCCCAGGAGAGAUCUGAAUGGAGGGAUGUGUUGAAGCAGGCCAGAGCCCUCUAUGGGCUGUAGCGCCACUGGGAUGGAUGGAUGGAUGUAUAUUCAGCAUAGUCGAAUAAAACUGGAAAAAAUACUUUGAUAUCUGGUAUGACUAUCGAACUUGUUUGACAGUCAUCUUACUGGCCUUGACCUCUUACCUUUUGAACAUGAGCUUCAUCUAUGGGCCUCCAAUUCUCAGUGUGAAUAUUUCACUAGUUCAAAGCAUUCUCUUUUCUUCAUAUAGAAGUAUGUUUGCAAAGAGAAUGUCAGUGUUCAGGCAGAUGGAGAAGGACGUUUGACAAAUCUGGCGUGGUGCCCCAAUGGUUCAACAGACUAAGGGAUAGGUGAAGCUGAAGAAGGUUCAUGAAGAACUUCACAGCAAUGUUUGUUUGGAUUUGAUCAACAUUAAAUGUCAUCAGCAUUACUUCUAUUUAUGUCACUUCAGCUGUUGUUUUAAUACAGGUAGAUUUUGUACUUGGUUUGUUACACAACUAAACUAUGCCCCUAGAGUCCAAUUGCUUAAAGGAAACAUAUUAGUUUUGAAAAAAGUCUAGAUAUUAUUCUAUAUUUUAUUGAGUGUAAACAUGAAUGUUCUUAUGUUGUAUGUUUGUAAAUGGCUACUCCAGUAUUGAUCUGACUCAAAUCCCUGUUGAUAUCACAUGAUAAACCAAAGCUUCAACAAUGUUCAAUGGUGAAAUGAAUUUUUAAAAAUUUAAUUGAUUAUUUAUUGUUUUUUUUAUUUAUGACACAGUUUUGUGUGUUUAACCUUUACUUAGAUUUGUUUAUUGCUUAGUCCUGUUAUUAAUUGUAAGUCAAGUGGACAUUUUGUUUUUUGUUUACCAUCUGGUCAGUUUUGUCUACAUAAUAAUUUGUUUCUUUACCAUCUGGUCAUAGUUUGUUUGCAGUUUUCUUUUAGUUGAAUUACAGCCAGUUUGUUGUGGAUGUUGUCCUGGACACAUUGUUCUCCAUUAUUUUAUGUCACGAUAAUAAAUUUAACAUUAAGUGGGCUAUUAAAAUAAGAAUGUUGACAGAAGAUGUUUGUAGAUGCUUACACAAGAUGUAUGUAGAUGCUGUCAGAAGAUGUUUGUAGAUGCUUACACAAGAUGUAUGUAGAUGCUGUCAGAAGAUGUUUGUAGAUGCUUACACAAGAUGUGUGUGGAUGUUGACAGUAGGUGUAUAUGAAUGCUGACAUGUUUGUAGAUUCUGAUGGAAUACAUUUGUUUUAUGAUGACAAUGAACGCAUGUUAAAAGGAAUUUUUAAGGAAUCCUGGAAUUGAAAGUAAAUCUUUUCAAUAUUUGUCAGCAUUCAUUACAUUACUUAUUAAUUAGUGUUUAACUCGAGCAGGGGGCAUCAGCUCUGCUAUUUCCCCCACCCCCCACCCCCUUUUCCCAGAUGUUGUUAGUGCAAUAGAUUCCUACAUGUAAACAUUUGAAAGUAUUAGAAUUGGAGGGUAGAGCUAGAAGAGAGCCAGUGAGAUCUUAGUCUCGCCUUAUCAUUUUUAGACAUGUUUUUCAAAGAAAUGUUAUUACUGAAAGUUAUUCCAACCAUGUGUGCUUGCCAUGUUUCUACAUUGACACAUUUUGAGAACUAGAUUAAAGGAAAGUAUUUAGAGCACUUUUUUUGUUUGUGUUCUCAUAUAGCCCCAAAACUUCAUCUAAAUUAUGUUUUCACUGGCCUAUGUACCUUACCCUCCAAGUUGGUUGUUUUCAUUUUUUUGUUUUGUUUAAUGUUUAGAGCUACUGGUCUAAAAGAAAUGUUUGAGGCCUAUAAAGAUUGCAGUACUGAACAAAGCUUGUGUGUUAUAUUUACUUAAUACUCAGAUUGAGAACUCCAACUAGGGAACUAAAGUAGGCCUACUUGUGGAGACUUUGAAGUUCUAAAUGUACAGUAGAUAGAGCUCAAUAAGACAACUUGUCAUCCCUGUGGGCACUAGUACCAUAUGGUUUAUAAAUAGCACCACAAGUGUUCAGGGUAGACUAAUCUGUAUUGUACAUGGAGUUGUAAAUAUAGAACAUUUAUUUUUAGGUAAUUAUGGUUAAUUGUUUUUAAGUCAUUUAUUGAUUCAUAUAAUUUAAAAAAAAAAUAUGAUUGUAAUUGCUUUGUGAUUGAAAAUUAAAAUAUAAAUAAAUAUGAAAUGAAGUUCAGUUUAGGGUCUGCUUGUCAGUGGUGCCCUAAUGUCUGGAUCAUCAUCAGGCAUCAUCUUUGUGCAAUCUAUUGUUUAUAUAUUUCAUUGUCCUAUGUGAUUUUUACCACUACCAUUUGAAAGCAGCACAGUUUUUAGGUGAGCACCUUCUGCUGUUAGAGAAUAACUUCUAACUAGACUUGUUGGCUGUAGACUUGUUGGUUUGGACAACUCAUUUUACAACCAAACUAAGCUAGACAACUCUGUUUUUGAUAUGUAUGUAAGAGUUAUUUUAAUGAUUUAAUAGUUUCAUGGAUAAUGCUGCGAUUCUUUUACAAUCCAGAUCUGGGAACUGAGUUGUCUGGAGAUAUUGUCUCUUUUACAUCGGCAACCAACGUAAGAUUUCAUUACUGUAGCAAUGUUACAAAAAAAAAUAAAAAAUUAUGCCAUAAGUUUUCACAAAGUCAGCCAGAGCUAAUGUACAGGGAGGUAAUUGAGAAAGAGCAAGUUUUUUUACCAGAAAAUAUGAGAGUGACUUAAUCCUUUAAUUUAUUUGACCAGAAAAUAUGAGAGUGACUUAAUCCUUUAAUUUAUUUGACCAGAAAAUAUGAGAGUGACUUAAUCCUUUAAUUUAUUUGACCAGAAAAUAUGAGAGUGACUUAAUCCUUUAAUUUAUUUGACCAGAAAAUAUGAGAGUGACUUAAUCCUUUAAUUUAUUUGACCAGAAAAUAUGAGAGUGACUUAAUCCUUUAAUUUAUUUGACCAGAAAAUAUGAGAGUGACUUAAUCCUUUAAUUUAUUUGACCAGAAAAUAUGAGAGUGACUUAAUCCUUUAAUUUAUUUGACCAGAAAAUAUGAGAGUGACUUAAUCCUUCAAUUUAUUUGAGUACAAGACGAGUGCCUGAUUGGGAUGACUGAUUGGAUGCUUGAUAUGACUUAUGGACUGUCACCAUGAUGGUCAAACCCUGCCUGGUUCCAUCCACUUCCAUCCUGAAGGAGCUUUAGGCUUGGACAUAAUUUUUUUUUUCUGAAGGAAUUUCCACAUCUUAAAUUGCAAAAAAAACAUUGCCUAUUUAGGUUUCAAAGUUAAAAAAAAAAUAUAUAGCUUUUAUACAACGCUCCUUUCCUGCUUAUAGCAUGCUCAGAGCUUUGGUCCAAUCUCAUUUGUGGACCAGUGGGAGGGAGGGGGUAUCUGGGAGAAAAGUUUUCUGUGCUGCCUUUAGACGCUCAGUAAACACAACUCUGCUCGAUUCGGGUGUCAAACCUCGAGCCCCCUUCAUAGGUAGGCAAACCAUGUUCAAGGACUUAGCCUCUCGACCAUGCUUCCCACUCAUAUAGUCUUAUUCAAUCUAAGAAAGUGUUCAGUUUUUAUUACUUAGUAGAUAUUUUGGUUUAGAGCAAAUGUCAAUUAGGAUUGAAGUCAAUAUGUAAGUGCAGAAAUGACUUUAUUGUAUUGCAUUGAAAAUGUGUUUCUGUGUUGUAGACUAUUAGAGGAAUAAGUUUGCUUUGAUAUUAGUGAAAUAAGUUUGCUUUGAUAUUAGUGAAAUAUGUUUGCUUUGAUAUUAGUGAAAUAUGUUUGCUUUUGAUGUCUUUCUAGAAAAGCAGGUAGUCUUUUUGACAUUUUUGUGGAUCUUUGGUUUUGUGUGUGUUUGGCCUGUUUCUUACACAGACUUAUCUUCGGAUAAGUGUUUUCUUUGUUGUUUGCUCUUGUAAUGUUAUAGUCAUCUUGAUAGUUCUUUGUGUGUAUAGUAUCUUAUUAAAGAUAGUCAUCUAUCUUUGUGAUCUUCCAAUGCUGCUAUAACUCUUCCUUUUGUUUCAAGGCUUCUCUUGUUUAACAUUCUCUACCCUCUUAUUAACAGAUAUAUUUUUUUCUAAUCUGUUUAUUGAAUGUACUUAUGAAAUUUCAACGAUGACAUCUAAUGUCAUACAUCUAUAGCAUAUGUAAUGAUAUAUAUAUACAUACACUUCUGAAUGGAUUUUGAAUUUGAAUUAAUACUUUGACUUUCUUGUAAGAUCUCGAGGAUGUAGAGAAUACUUGAUUAUGGUUUGGGCUUUUCAAAGAAUGUAAGUGUAUAGGAAAGAAGAAACGUCAAUCAAAUGUACCAACUCUAAUUUGUUUCAAGUUAGUUCUUAGGUUUUUCUGAAACUAUGUCAUGAUAUUUGACUGUUUCCUGGCCCAACAGUUUUUGAGGUUGUCAGGUGACCAGUAGCUUUUUCACCAGGUUAUCAUUCAAGUGAGUGGAGUCACAAAUCCCAAGUAAGAGCCCAGGUCUUUAGCUUGACUCCACCACAUAGGCCAUCACGUGGGAUGGAGAAACUACAAACUAAGCCCCAAAUAUCCCCAUGGGGUAGAGUUAGUGGGUAAAGAAGCAGGAACAAAAUGGUGAUGCUCAUGAUAGCAUCUCUUAUUCUAAAUGACUGAUGAUCAUGCUCCGAUGAUUGGGGAGAUUCUCUGUUACUUGACCCAGGUUUCGGUUUUGUUACAAGAUGCAGUAGGGGAGGAAGGGUACAGAAAUCUCUGGGAAAAAAACGAUUUACUUCGAUGAAACGGAUACUUUGCCUUUUAAUUGGGGUAUAAUAAAGGCAGUAAUCAUCUUCCAAGAGACUAUAAGCUCUUUAAAAUGUCGCCUGUGUAACAACUUGUGGAUUAAAUUAUUCUAAAUUGGAGUUGUUCUUCUUUUACUAGGAACAAAGUUUUACCUGUAGAGGUUUUUUUUUUGUUAUUCAAAUGUCAAACUCUGAUUCUUCUCUUUUUGUGUGGUUUGAUCUUUUGACUUUUUUUUUUUUAUAAUCUUUGAAAAAAGAUGUAUUCUUUUGUAUUCUACCAUCAAAAUCUAUUGUUCAAUUUUUUUUUUUUUUUCAAUGUUAAUCUGACUAAAGUAAAAGGUUAAGUGGUGUAGCUGAGGGUAGGGGGAGAAUUGGGAAAUCCCCCAUGGGCCCCCACUUAAAGGGGGCCCAAAAUGAGUGUUCGAAUUUUUUUUACAUUAAAUAUUACACAAAAUGAAGGGGCUCCAAAGAGGUCAAGCCACGGGCCUCCAAAUGAUUGCAAAUUCCUAGCUACGCCACUGAAAAGGUUUAUUAGAAACUCAAUUUUAUUUGACUUUGCCAAAUUGUGAAAUGUGUGGGAUUUUUUAUUUUGUUUCAGAUUAUUUGUACACAUCACAAAAUUAGACAAUUUUUUUUUUUUUUAAUAUAAUUUUUUAAGAAGCUUUAUCUAAAAUUUUAUCCCUGAUUUUAAAGACUCAAUAAAUAUUUUGUAUUGUAA